CCCCGGGAGACAGAGGAGGAUGGUGUCCGCAAGAAGCCCUCCAAGGUCCCCAUCUACCGCAAGAGCAAGAGCCUGCAGGAGCCCCAUCUGGAGCGCCAGCCCGGCUUCCGCCGACAGACUUCCCUGUCCCAGAGCAUCCGCAAGGGCACGGCACAAUGGUUUGGUGUCAGCGGCGACUGGGAGGGGAAGCGGCAGCAGUGGCAACGCAAGAGCUUGCAGCAUUGCAGCAUGAGAUACGGCAAGCUGAAGCCUGCCUACCGCGACAUGGAGCUGCCCAGCCAGGAGGUGCCCUCCUUCCAAGGCACCGAGUCACCCAAGCCCGCCAAGAUGCCCAAGAUUGUGGACCCACUGGCCAGGGGCCGUCCCUUCCGCCGUCCUGAUGAGACUGACCGUCCCCAUACUCCCCACCAUGUCCUGCCCCCGCUCACCCCCGGCGUCGUCUCUUUGAUGUCCUUCAACAGCAUCCACUCCGGCUACGGCCGCCUGCCACGCAGGAAGAGGGAGUCCGUCGCCCACAUGAGCUUCAAGGCGGCUGCAGCUCUUCUCCGCGGACGCUCUGUCCUGGAGCCGCUGGCUCCCAAGCAGAGGAGCAACAAGAGGAGUUUCAUCUACCCCAGCUUCAUGGACGAGGACAUGGUGGAUACAGCCGAUACCCUGGACUCGUCCUUCUUCAGUAAGAUGGACGUGCAUGACGAGACAUACUCCAUGCCCGAUGAUGUCUUCGAGUCACCACCUCUAUCAGCCACGUAUUUACGCAUGCACCCGGUGGGGGAGGAUGCCAGGGUGUCCCCCGAGGUGGAGCAGCCCACCCCGCGGGAGGGUGUCCGGCUCCCUUCAUCCUCCGCGGGUGUUGGCCCAGCUCCCCGGCGAGGCAGGCGCAUCGCUUCCACAGUCAAACAUUUUGCCUUCGACCGCAAGAAACGCUACUACGGGCUGGGGGUGGUGGGGAAGUGGCUGAACAGGACGUACCGCCGCAGCCUGAGCAGCAUCGUGCAGUCGCAGCUGGAAAUCACCGACAGCCACCGGCCUUAUUUCACAUACUGGAUCACCUUUGUUCACAUCCUCAUCACCUUGCUGGUCAUCGGCACCUACGGCAUCGCGCCCAUCGGCUUCGCCCAGCAUGUGACGAGAGAGUUAGUGCUGAGAAACAAGGGUGUCUACGAGAGCGUCAAGUACAUCCAGCAGGAAAACUUCUGGAUCGGGCCCAGCUCGAUCGACCUGAUCCACCUGGGAGCCAAGUUCUCCCCCUGCAUCCGGAAGGAUCGGCAGGUGGAACAGCUCAUCCAGCGCGAGCGGGACCGGGAACGCGGCUCCGGCUGCUGUGUCAAGAAUGACAACUCGGGCUGCAUCCAGACCCUGCCACGGGACUGCUCGGAGACGCUGGCAACGUUCAUCAAGUGGCCGGGCAGCAAUGCACCGGCCAUGGGCUCGGGUGAGAAGCGGACAUCAGGCGCUGUGUGUCACCAGGACCCCAGGACGUGUGAGGAGCCGGCAUCCAACCCACCCCAUGUGUGGCCAGAUGACAUCACCAAGUGGCCGAUCUGCACCUACGAGACCAAAACCAACCACACAGGCUUUGCCCACAUGGACUGCCAGAUCAAGGGCAGGCCCUGCUGCAUCGGCACCAAGGGCAGCUGCGAGAUCACGACGCGGGAGUACUGCGAGUUCAUGCACGGCUACUUCCAUGAGGAGGCAACUCUCUGCUCACAG